ACCCUAUUCACAACACUUCACUACAUAUCAUGAAAAUACUCAAUCGUCAAUUGUGUUUCUCAAAGAAAUAUACAUUUAAUUUAGAAAAGGGGGUUAUUUCUUCCAUAGAAACUUUUGCAGUAAAACCAGUUUACAGUGGGUUGUCCAGACAAAAAACAUUUACGAGAAGCUGCUGAGUUCGUUCCGUCAAAAGCCUCACCACUUCCUCGUUACCCACAUUUAGAAGAAUGGGGCCCAUAGUCGUACUUCUCUUUGCUCUUUCUCUGCUGCAUUUGUGUGAAACACAAGGUACCAGCACUGGGACUCCUGUGUUUGUGCAGACAGGAAAAGAUUUAUUCCUGGAGGUCAACAAACCUGUAACUCCACUACUACAAGUAAAAGGCAGUGAUUUUAAAUGGACACUCAAUGACAAAAUAAAUAUUGUAAAAUUAGCUAAUGGUAAUGCGAUAAUUUUGAAUUUUGAGGAUAGAGCUGAAUUUUAUAAAGAAAAUUACACUUUAGUCUUGAAGAAUGUACAAAAGAAAGACAGUGGAGAAUACAUUGCAAAAGUUUCUGGUAAACAAGAACAUCUUGUAGCUGAAUACAAGGUCACAGUUAUGGAUCCAGUGUCUCCAGUUAAGCUGGAGGUGAACCCCAGCAGCUCCUGUAACCUCACUGUGAUCUGCAGUACAACGGACUCUCACAUCAGCAGCACUUACAGGUGUGUCAACCAAACCUGCUCUCCAGAGGGAAGAGAGAGAUCAGAGGUCACAACCUAUCCUUCUAUCGAAGUCUACCUGCAGCAAGGCCUCAUCAUCUGUAACCAUAGCAACCAGGUCAGCUGGGAACAGGACACGUUGGAGAUUAAACCUCUCUGUGAGAAACAAACAGCCUUGAAUGCAGCCAUCACGAUUUCGAUUGCAACAGGACUUGCAACUGUAUUGGCCUUGGUUUGCCUUGGCCUUUUCUUAAUAUAUAAAAAAAAGCGCAACGGAAAUAAAGAAUUUGAAGAACCGAACAACGGAAAUACAGUAUAUGAAGUUCCUCAGGACAUCAAUCCGGCCCAACUUCUGAAUCAGAAUCCUACACCAGAUGCUUCAAGUCUUUCUCCAACCUCUACCUACUGCCUGGUGCAAUUUCACACUGGACCUGGACCAAGAGAAUCUACGACACGCGACACCUCUUUGCCAGAGACUGUGUACGCUCAGGUUGACAGAUCUGCCAAAACUAAAUACAAAUCCCCCAACAACCAACACAAGAGCUGAAAGCCACUGAUAAGAUAUACACCGAUCCGCCAUAACAUUAUGACCACUGACGGGUGGAGUGAAUAACACUGAUUAUCUCAUCAUCAUGACACCUGUGGGUGGGAUAUAUUAGGCAGCAAGUGAACAUUUUGCCCUCAAAGUUGAAUUGUUAGAAGAAGCAAAAAUGGGCAGUGUGAGGAUUUGAGUGACUUUGACACGGGUCAAAAUGUGAUGGCUAGACGACUGGGUUAGAGCAUCUCCAGGACUGCAGCUCUUGUGGGGUGUUCCCGGUCUGCAGAGGUCAGUACCUAUCAAAAGUGGACCAAGGAAGGAAAAGCGGUGAACCGGAGACAAGCUCAUGGGUGGCCCAGGCUCAUUGAUCCACGUGGGGAGCAAAGGUUGGACGUGGACAGACGAGCUACUGUAGCUUAAAUUGCUGAAAAAGUGCUGGUCCUGAUAGAAAGGUGUCAGAACACACAGUGCAUCACAGUUUGUUGUGUAUGGGGCUGCAUAACAUUACGACCACCCGCAGGCCCAGGUGGUUAUAAUGUUAUAAUGUUAUGGUUGAUCGGUGUGUUUACACAACUAAACCAUGGCAGGUACUUGUUGGAUAACUCAGCCAGAGUGGUCUUCUAACAUGUUGGCACAAAGGGGAUGUUGGACCCUCUUGCGAUUCUGUCUAGCUUUAAAGCACAGCAUGAACAAAUUUUUUCCCAUAUUUUCCGAUUAGUCUCAAAACCCUACUGUUUAUAUCAUCAUUUUUGGAAUGUGUUCUGCUAGGUGUCCUGUAACAUUAUGGAUAAACGUAAGGUAGGCUGUUUAGUGUCAUGAAAAAAUCUGAGGGCUGAUCAGACACAGACGCAUUUCUACAAGUGCGGCAACUGUCUCUUUCAAAGACAACGAGCCUAAAUGAAACUAUCACAGUAUGACUUAUGAAUUCCCCAUUUCGUUCACACAUUCUUGCUCUUUCAUCUACCAGCAUCAGAAUAGGAAGGAAGAGAUAAAGACCACAUCUUACUUGAUUUGAUUGGCUGCCUGGGUUGAGUGUGACAUUGAUGUGUAACUUUAAGUUUAUAAUAUUUUAACUUUUAUACGUGUGUCUAAAAACUUCUACAAUAAAGCUGCAGGGACAGGAGCACACGCUAGGUGCGCCUAAAACAUGUUUAAAGUAGCUGUGGGUAUAAUGCGGAAUAUUAAACAAGGCCUAAGAUGCCAAAGUGCUUCCUGAUAUAUAUUAGCUGAAACUACAAGGGACUUCUUCCACACACGUACUUCCCCCAGUCCUUCUGACAGCACAUACAGUAGAGAGACUAUAUGUUAUUUUUUCUGUUUAGUGGUUUAAGUGGUUGGUUAAAAGUUAAAUAACAGCAAGACUACAGUGCUCUUGUUAUCAGGAGACAAUGAGAUAAUUUUUUUUGAGUCAUCUGGAUAGCUGUGAGGGUUGAGAUGAACUACAUGAAGUCCUAGAAUUGGCCAUAUGAGAUUCCAUACAGCAUGUUGACUACAGUCAUGUAAAAUAUAUUCUGUUUUUCUCACAUAGAAGUGAACCAUACGUGAACUGAACUCUCAAGCCUGUUGAUGAAAGUUCCCAGAAGUUUCCGUUUUUCUUGCCUCCAUUUUGUUUUACAUUUAGUGUAUGUAUGAAAUAAAUAAAAACUGUAUAUUUUUAUGUGAA